AUGGACGACAUGAGGAUGAGGUACAGAAGUGUGAUACGCACUGUCGUCCCAACUCAAGUCGGAAAUGUGAUAACUCAUCAGCUGACGGCUGGUGUAUGUGUCUGUCUGUACUUUGCGAUGCAAAUUUCUAGUUUUGGGGUGUUUAGUUUUACCCCCGAGAUCUCAGCCCCACCACUACCAUCGGACGGCUGCCUAGAGCCACCGCCAGUUCGGGUCGGGACCGGACACCACUCUAGGAUCAGCCUGCACAGUUCCCGGCUUCCCGCUGCCACCGCCGCCGCGGGCAGCCCGGCCGUCGGUCUCUUCGUCCCCGCCCCGCUUGCGAGAAGAGCGACGCGUUUCCCCUUCGAACCCUCGCCUACCGUGGGUGACGCCUUGUGGUACCGGCUGGAGAUGGUGAAGAUAGUGACGUACAACGUGAACGGGCUGCGGCCGCGGGUGGCGCAGCACGGCUCGCUCCGCCGCCUCCUCAACGCCCUCGACGCCGACAUCAUCUGCUUCCAGGAGACCAAAUUGUCAAGGCAGGACCUAUCUGCAGAUGUCAUUAUGGCUGAAGGAUAUGAGGCCUUUGUUUCAUGCAAUCGCUCUUCAAAAGGUCGUGGAGCAUACUCGGGUGUUGCAACGUUUUGCCGAGUAACAUCAUCAUUUUCCAGUCAGGAGGUUGCUUUGCCAGUAGCAGCUGAAGAAGGCUUUACUGGACUUCAGGACUAUGCAAAAAAUAGUGAAACUGUUGGGGAUUUCAUUAUUGCAAUGCCUGUCGAGGAGGAAGGUCUUGGUGAAAUCACAAGAGAGGACCUCCUAAGGGUGGACAAUGAGGGGCGGUGCAUCAUCACUGAUCACGGGCAUUUUGUUCUUUUCAACAUAUAUGGCCCAGCUGUUGAAGAAGAUGACAAAGAGCGGGUUUGUUUUAAGCUACUGUUUUACAAGAUACUGCAGAAAAGAUGGGAACAUCUAUUGGCUCUUGGAAAGAGAGUCUUUGUUGUUGGUGAUUUGAAUAUUGCUCCUGCUUCUAUAGACAGGUGUGACGCGCCACCUGGCUUUGAGAAGCAAAUGUUCCGAGAAUGGCUGAGAUCCAUGCUGAGAGAACACGGAGGUCCCUUUUUUGAUGCUUUUAAAUCAAAACACCCUGAAAGGUGGAAAGGGGGAAGAAGUAGUAAGCUAGAAGGAUCUGAUCAUAUUCCAGUUUAUAUUUUACUGAAAGAAAUACCUGAACUUCCAGUUCAGCUGCAAGAUAUCUUCCAGAGGUCUGUGGAUGGCAACAAAGUAUUGUAUCAUUCCUUGGUAAAGGGAAAAUUUAUGAGCUGCAAAAUGCUGCAAAAUAUGAUUCAGUCCGAAGAUACAGUAGUCGGUAGCUACUGUAGUGAUGGCUUGGAGAAUACAAUUAUAGCUAAGGAAGGACUGACAACUGGUAUAACUGAGUUUGCAAAAGGUCAUAACCUUCCUAGUUUGAUGUGCAAGGGACAAAUCUUGAUCAAUGGACAAAUGAAGUGCACAACGUCAGCUGCAAAAGAUCAGGAUAAUACAAAUGUAUCAUCCUGUUCACUUUCAACAGACAAGUCUAAUGCUGCAGCAUUAGAGUGGCAGAGAAUACAACAAAAGAUGAAGAUGACGCUACCAGGUUGCAAAGGGCAUAGUGAACCAUGCAUUCCGAGAUCUGUGAAGAAGGGCCCUAAUAUAGGCCGUUUGUUCUAUGUUUGUGCUCGUGCUCAAGUACACAUGUACUCACAAUUUCCUGCUUAG